UACCGGUACUCCUUGCUGGCAAUUGCUAUUAUAAUUGUUCUUAUCUUUGUGUAAAAGCGACAGUUCCCACUUCCAAAAAUGACAACAAGGAAAAUAUAGCAAGCACAUACAUAUCAAUUACAGCUCAAAACACACAAAGAUUAGUUCGAAAAGAGUUGUAAGAUGGCCCGGGCUCUAGGCGCAACCAACUCGCAAAGAUGCCUUGCACGGCCCACAACAAAAAUGCGAAAUCGGGCAGUGCUUCCGAUAUCAAACGCGCGACAACCCAUAUCAACUCCAGCUAACGAAGCGUCUACCUCAAAACCUUGCGAGCUGGUUACACUGGAGGAGGUUACAUGGGCCGCACGUCGUAGAGGCCUCAGCAUCACUGUGAAAGAGUUAGGACCGUUCUAUCGUAUAGUGUGCCGGGAUGGCGACUCGACGGGCCGCGUGGUCGGUGUGACAAGCGGCUUCACGGCGCCCCUCUUCGGUAUCAUGCACUGCGACAUGCUGCAAAUUUUCACACGAGGCCUAAAGGGUGAAGACGGUCAACGGCUGCGCGGAGGGCCCCUGGGUCUGGGGCUGCUGAUGGGCGCCGCAACCUUUGCAUUCGGCCACCAGCGGGGCUGCCGGGUGGCCGAGAUCCUCGCAAUCAACGACGAUGACGCCUGGCACGAGCGGCUGGUGCGGUACUACAGCUACUUUGGCUUUCGACCCGUGGGUCGCGUGGGCGGCAACGGUCUGCGUGAUGUGCCACACUUGCUGGUGUGGGGCGGCGAGGGAACCCGCAUGGAUGCGGACAUUCAGGCGCUGCUGCGGAGGUGGAGUCCGGCGCUUCGGCAGAACAGCCUGAGGACGUCAGGUGGUGGUGGAGGAGCGGGUGGCGGUGGUGAAGAUGGAGGUGAUGUGGAGAGGAUUUAACCUCCAAGGUAUUGUCCUGAGGGGCAAGGGGUGUGGUCUGGAUGGAGAGCACGAGACAUGCGAGAUUGUGGAGGUGGCCUGGGUUGUGAUGCGGGUUGGGCGUUGGGGUAUGUUGCUGGGAGGCUUCAAAGGUUGGGGCCACCGGGCACCAUAACUCGGGAGCUGUGAACAUCUUUUUUACGGCUGCUGCUGCUGCCUUCUUGCUGCAUGGGGGCUACAUCGCCUGCAUGGCACAUGGCGUGGGAAGUGCCUGGUUGCUUCCCACAUGUGUCGCAACAUCCUGCUAAUGCACGGCACUGCAGGACAGCCAUCUGGACCAGCACGGGCCUCAAUUUGGACACAUGUAGACAUGCGUACAGCGUUGAAUUGCAGGUUAUUCAGUUAAGAGUACAAGGCAAGCGGCAGUGCUGGCAACGGACCCACGGUCCAAGGUGCCGGAGCUGCACAUGCCGCCAAUACCGUAUGCGUGUUCAAUAUUACCGGUACAGCAGCCAUGAGAUAUACAGUGCACAAUGGCCCAGUUCAAAGAACAUACCGGUAGCAGCACCAGCAAUAGAGAUCAGAUCAGAGGC